GCGUUGAUGUGACGUCCCUGCGCGCGCCGUUUUAUGUUGCCGGGCGCGAUGGCCGCUACGCUGGAGUCCCCGCUGGAGGACCCACUGCGGAGCUUUGUGCGAGUUUUGGAGAAGCGGGAUGGUACAGUGCUACGACUACAGCAGUAUGGCUCCGGUGGCGUGGGUUGCGUUGUUUGGGACGCUGCCAUUGUCCUUUCUAAAUAUCUGGAAACGCCCGAGUUUUCUGGCGACGGGGCCCACGCGCUGAGCCGGCGGUCGGUGCUGGAGCUGGGUUCGGGCACCGGGGCCGUGGGGCUCAUGGCUGCUACCCUCGGGGCUGAUGUUGUAGUCACCGAUCUUGAGGAAUUGCAAGACUUGCUGAAGAUGAAUAUUAAUAUGAACAAGCAUCUUGUCACUGGUUCUGUUCAAGCCAAGGUACUGAAAUGGGGGGAAGAAAUAGAAGGCUUUCCUUCUCCACCCGACUACAUACUGAUGGCCGACUGCAUAUACUAUGAAGAGUCUUUGGAGCCAUUGCUGAAAACUCUAAAAGAUGUCAGUGGAUUUGAAACUCGUAUUAUAUGUUGUUAUGAACAACGAACAAUGGGGAAAAAUCCAGAAAUUGAGAAAAAAUAUUUUGAGCUCCUUCAGCUAGAUUUUGACUUUGAAAAAAUUCCUUUGGAAAAACAUGAUGAAGAGUAUCGAAGUGAAGAUAUUCAUAUUAUAUACAUCAGAAAGAAAAAAUCGAAAAUGAAAUAUAACAAGGCAGAUGAGUCCAUAAAAGAUAAAUGCACUCAAAAUUUCCAUCGUGAAUCCUUUAAUCAUCUUACCCAAGCCUCUAACAACCUGGGUAAACUAAAGAUGUGAAUAGAGCAUGUGAAUAUGGCAUGGGAAGAUUGUGUUCACAGAUUUUUUUCCGGCACGUCCUUAGAAAUCCGACGUAUAGAUGACGACCACCAGGGGCGGCCUGCAAUAACGAAAAAUGCCUGCUUGCCUGCCUGCCUGCCAAUGGCCCUGAAUCCAGCUUAGGUUACUUAGUUCAGCAUCAAGUUCUACUUAAAUGUUGGGAAUCAGUUAUUCAAAUAAAAAUUGGUAUUGAGGCGAGGCUAAAAUCUGCCAAAAACAGUGAACCAACAUGAUUGACUUGACCUUUUAUAGGAAACUAGACAUAAAUUUCUGAAGAGAACUAUCUGCUAUUAUAUAAUGUUUUAAAUUCAAACUAGUAAAUUUUAGUUUAUCUUCAAAGUUUAAAAGGUUUUCAUUUUGUACAUAAUUAUAUAAUAUUUAUCAUUUGUAUUUUCCACUUCAUUUCUUUUAAAAUAUCUUUAAUACUUAAAUGUUCUUUUAAUUUUAAAAAGAACUGAGAUAUUGUCUUGUGUACUUACAUUGGCUAAAGUUUUCUUUUCUUCCACCAUACAUACCUAUGUGAUUUAAUCAGUAAAUUGUACUGUAAUGAGUUGCUAAGAAGACAAAUCAGAAGAUUGGAGGAGCAAAAGAUAUCUUUACAGAUUUUUCAUUUGAGAAUGGAGUGAGAAUAGAAAGACCAGUUUCAGGCUUAUGCACUUAUGUGGCUCAUGCACUUUUCUUUAUGUAUAUGUUCCAGGAAAAUCUGGCUUAAAAAUACUGGUAUUAACUUGUUUACAUGAAGCAGUGAAAGGUUUUUGAAUAACUACAAAUGUAGUUCUAUAUGUAUAUACCAAAUGAAUUUUUGUUCUGUCUCUCUGUUUUAUGUUAUGAAGCCAUUCACUCAUAUACAAUAAUCUGUCAAGGACUUUAAUCAUACUUGUUCCAAAGAGUAGUAACCAGAUGGAAUUCUGGUGUUUACAGGCAUUGGUGCUAGAUGGUACAUUUUAUGUGUUAAAAUAAACAUUGUUUUUGAGACCUUG